AUGCGGUACAGAGCAGUGGUCUAUCAAGAAAUAGUUAGUGACAACUAUGACAAGAAAGGAACCUCAAACGUCUUGCGUUUAACAGAUAUUGUUAGAGCAGAACAAGGCUCUAAGGAGGAAGCCGUAACAGAUAUUUCUAUUCUAGAGGGGGCCCUGCUUGUCAAAGACGCUGCUAAAGAUAAUGCACUUCUCUAUGCUUUGUCGCAUUGUAUCAGAGUCUUAAGAACACUCUGCAAGACGGCUAAUGUCGCCCCACCACUCCUGACAGUAUCUACAGUUUCUUUGUUGCAUCGUUAUUGUAAGGUGCGGGAGGAGGCUGUGGAUCCCGAUGAUAAUCCAUCACAGUUUCUAUAUGAUCACAUACAAGUGUCUAAGCAUAGUGAGAAGCGUCUCUCUGCAGUUUUGGAAGUGAAGAAGUUGUAUCACUCAACUACAGUUCCAGGCCGCAAGGAUAGCUGUAAAUCAAAAAUUAAGACAAUAGCAGUUAGUAAGCUGUGUGUGGGCUGUGCAAAGGCUUCGCAUGCAAAGAUUGGCACACCGUUUGCUAAUGCGUCGCCCUCUCUGUUGCAUACUGUCCCAGCAUCAAUGUUCUCGCCGCAUCCUCAAGAGAGCACUCUCAUAGGUAAGCUUCAGCCAUUCUUGGUCCCAGCAAGCACCCUCUUCAUGCUGCUUAGGCAAGAGGGAGGAAAUCAGGCACGAUCACGCUGGCUCGCGUCGGCUUAUGGCGAGCUCAGGCUGCUUACUCAUUACUCACUUUGCAUUGAUGAUUCCAACCCCGUAGAGGUUCGGGACGCUAUCAACUCUAUGUUUCGUUGGUAUCAGAAUGCAGUGAGAUGUUAUGUCUAUCUUUCCGAUGUUUCAACAAUCAAGCGAAAAGCAGACGAUGAUCCCUCUCAAUGUACUUGGGAGCAGGCUUUUCGGCAAAGCAAAUGGUUCACCCAGGGCUAG